GACGUGCUCAAUACUCCGUUGUGUUUUUCUCGUGCUUUGAGUCGCUAUCAAGGUGUAGUUUUGUGCGUUCUGUUGGACGGGAAAGUGUUCUGCUUACUAUGAGGGUUCUACUUCUGUUUAACUUAUGACAUCUACACUGCACGCUGGGCCCUUGUGUCAUCUCUGGAGUAGCCGCACUUUAUCCUCGACGGCAGAACGCGUUGCUAUUUUGAGUAGCUAGGAGAAGAUUCCAUGGAUGGUCUUAUCGGAGCAAUCAUUCACUCAAGGUCAAGCUUUAUCUCAAGUUCUUUGUACCGCAUUGGUGUUAUCGGUGUGUGUUGAUGGCAGAUAGUCAUGCCAGGUGUUUCUCCGACUCAAAACAUGGGUACUAAGCGCACGUGUUGCCCCUUUUGUGCAUCGUGAGGCAUGGAUUGUUUUUGGGAUACUCUGGCGUGAACGCAUAUAAGGACCCUCGUGACACUCACAUCCUCAAGUACUCUCCCAAUGCCAACUACCCGUACAGAAGAUCUGCUCAUAGGCCGCCGCGGCCUACGCAUCGAUAGAAUCAUCGCGAUGCCCCCCGGCAGCGGUGGCCAAUAUGGCAUGAAAUUUGUAGACACAAGCAAACAUGCCUCCCAUAAGAGCACCUCCGACGAUACUGUCGUUCAGUCUAGCAGUAAUGAUACUAUGUGGAAUCUUAGACAGGACUCUGAUAAUGAUGGUUUGUUUACCAUUCAAAGCGCCUCCACCAGCAAGUAUGCCACACCUGCAUCUGGGACGGCUAAGGCAGGUGACAAGGUACUUGCGGGAUCCGACUCCUUCAAGUGGACUAUUAAAGAGACUAAUACUGAAAAACACUACAACACAGUUUAUUUGGACCCAAAUGCAAGUGUCCCGCUUGUAUGGUACGUUGCCGACGACAAGGACAAAACCUCUGUAACGUUGGCAGAUUCGAGCAAGGUCUCAGCUGAGUGGAUUUUGGAAAAGUUUUCAAAGUUUCCUGACCCGAAGGAUGUAAUAACGUCGUAACUGUAUGAGGUUCAGUAUAGCGAUGUGUACGAGUGACGGUCGAGGGAUAAUCUGUACUAUGAUUCACUGGAGGCUUGUUCAGCGUUCAGGAUUGCUAUGUUUCUUGGAUUAAGCUCCUUCUUUUCUUAACGGGGACUGCUGACGAUGAUUGCAAGAUGAAGUAGUGGUGAUGUUUGAGGAGAAAAACAAAUGUGAGACUGACAUUAGAUAAAAAUGAAUGAAUUUCCCUCUUGGAGGGCUGUUUCUCAAA